CUCAGUCCAAUCACCAAAGAAAGGGUUUUUUAUAUGCAUCCUCGCUUUCUCCUCCGUAAAAAUCAAAUCUUGGGACCCAUAACUGCGUCCUUUUUGUUCGCUAAGCAAAUAUCAUACAAUUCCAAGCAAACCCAUUUGCGUUUUUCGCAGUUUUUGCCCCUUUCUUUCUUCUCUCCCCCAACCAAGACAGGGUUCUCGAGGCCUUUGUUCUGCAAUUUGCAAUCGGUUCGUGCAAUGGCUAGCCAAUCCCAGAGCGCAUCCGUCCACGACUUCACCGUUAAGGAUGCUAGGGGAAAAGAUGUUGAUCUCGGCCAGUAUAAGGGGAAGGCCCUCUUGAUCGUCAAUGUUGCAUCACAAUGUGGCUUGACUAAUUCUAACUACACUGAGCUGAGUGAAUUGUAUGGGAAGUACAAAGAUCAAGGAUUGGAGAUUCUGGCAUUCCCAUGCAAUCAGUUUGGAGCUCAGGAGCCAGGGAACAAUGAGCAGAUUUUAGAGUUUGCUUGCACUCGCUUUAAGGCUGAGUAUCCUAUAUUUGAUAAGGUUGAUGUGAAUGGUAAUAAUGCUGCCCCUUUGUACAAGUUCUUGAAGUCAAGCAAAGGUGGCCUAUUUGGAGAUAAUAUCAAGUGGAAUUUUUCGAAAUUCCUGGUUGAUAAAGAGGGAAAGGUUAUUGAGCGAUAUGCUCCCACAACUUCCCCUCUGAGCAUUGAGAAGGAUAUAAAGAAGCUAUUGGGGACUGCUUGAGUGCUUCAAACUGCUUCUCUUCAGCUGUUAGUAAAUAAAUGCUACUCUUGCCAUGAAUAAGCACACAAUCAUGUGGAUCUUAUCUUUUCUAAUGUGUUUUUCUCCUAGACUCCUGGAUGUGUACUAAAGCUGCACUUCUUUAUGUAUUAAUGGAGCAAUAACUUGUUCAAAUUAAACUGAGAUUUUACCCAA